UUAAUACGUGUUAAAAGUUGAAUAUAAUCGUAAAGAAAUUCCCAAUAGCAAUGCCCUCACUAGAUGCAGAUGUCUCCAACGAGCAAUUCAACAAUGAGCAGUCCAAACCAAUGUCUGGUCCAAUCGUGGGCAUUAUUUACCCGCCCCCGGAAGUUAGAAAUAUUGUCGACAAAACCGCUAGUUUUGUGGCCCGUAAUGGACCCGAGUUUGAAGCUCGCAUCCGGCAAAACGAAUUAGGAAACCCAAAGUUUAACUUUUUAAAUGGAGGUGAUCCCUAUCACGCAUACUAUAGACAUAAGGUCAAUGAGUUUCGGGAAGGCAAUGAUGCUGGCUUAACGGCAGUCGCGGGUCUUAAGCAACUGGCUGUGAGCAGUGCAGCCCAGCAGCGGCAGCAGGAGAUAUUAAAGCAGGUGGUCGAGCAGCAGUUUGUGCCCAAAGAACCUCCAGCGGAGUUUGAAUUCAUUGCCGAUCCGCCCUCAAUUGCAGCUAUGGAUUUGGAUAUUGUAAAGUUAACCGCUCAAUUUGUGGCCCGAAAUGGCCGACAGUUUCUUACCAAUUUGAUGAGUCGCGAACAAAGGAAUUUCCAAUUUGAUUUUUUGCGGCCGCAGCAUUCGCUGUUUCAAUACUUUACUAAGCUGCUGGAACAGUACACCAAAGUGCUGAUACCGCCAAAGGAUUUGCUAACCAAGCUACGUUUCGAAAGCUCUCCGGGCCGUGCCAGCCAGGUUAAAGUGCUUGAGCAGGUCAAAUACCGCGCCAAUUGGCAACGGCAUCAGGAGGCCCAACGCCGCCGGGAAGAGGAGAAAAUUGAACGUGAACGUGUUGCCUAUGCACAGAUUGAUUGGCAUGACUUUGUCGUUGUGGAAACGGUGGAUUAUCAACCAUUUGAGAGCGGGAACUUUCCGCCACCAACCAAUCCUGAUGAAGUUGGCGCUCGUGUGCUCAUGGAGGAGCGUCUAUUGGAGGAGGAAGGUGACAUUGAAAUGCAAAUUGAAUCCGACGAUGAAGAUGACUCGCCAUUGGCCAGCCACUUGGACGGUGGCGUCAAGUUGUCACAAAUGGAGAAUCGUGUGGGCAUCCAGAUGAAGAAUGCCACCGCUUAUGGACAACCGGCAAAUGCCAAGCGUGACAACACACAGGUACAAGAUAUGGACGAAGCAUCCAGUGAUGAGGAUACACCAACCACAAAGAUGCAGCCAUCUGUGGCGCCCAUGUUGCCGCCAACGCAUGACAAAGUCGUGGUCAAGAAAUACGAUCCCAAGGCAACACAGCCCAAGCCAGCGCCCGUGGCUACCGACGAAUAUCUUAUAUCGCCCAUUACAGGCGAGAAGAUUCCAGCUUCCAAGGUAUCAGAGCAUAUGCGCAUUGGUUUGCUCGAUCCACGCUGGGUGGAGCAGCGGGACAAGCACACGGUUGAAAAAAUCAAUCAAGACAAUGUAUUUGCUGCUGGCACUGCUAUCGAGGCAAGUUUGAAGCAGUUGGCCGAGCGACGUACGGAUAUCUUUGGUGUGGGCGAUGAGGAAACUGUUAUUGGCAAGAAACUGGGUGAGGAGGAGACCAAAAAGGAUGAUCGUGUCACCUGGGAUGGUCAUACGUCCAGUGUGGAGGCAGCAACGCGUGCGGCUCGUGCCAAUAUUACGCUCGAAGAUCAAAUCCAUCAAAUACACAAGGUCAAGGGUCUGCUUCACGACGAGGAGAAAGAGAAAAUUGGACCCAAGCCAGUGGGUAGCAAGGCAACGCUAUCGGCACCACCGCAGCCAUCCUCUUCGAAGAAUCAGCAUAGCAAUCAUCCGCACAGCCAGCCACAGCAUCACCAAGGUGGUGGAGGUGGCGGUCACCAUCAUCCGCCACCCCAUCAUCAUCAUCAGUCGCAUCCACCGCCAUCAUCGAUGCAUCAACAUCAACAGCAUCAGCAGCAGCCGCCGCCACACAACAUGCCACCUGCUGGCAAUCCGGUGAUGAUGAUGCAGCGACCUCCCAUGAUGCCUACUCCAUAUGGUGGAGGUCCUGGUGGCUACAUGAAUAUGCCAUCUGGUGGUGGUCCACCACAGAUUUCACCGGCGCCGCCAGUUGAGAUUAUGCCCAUGGAGGAUGAGCCGCCCACUAAGAAGAUACGUUCCGAAGAUAAUCUCAUACCUGAGGCAGAAUUCAUUUCCUUGCACAAGAGUCCUGUAACUAUUCAAGUGCAAGUGCCGAACACGGACAAAUCGGAAUGGAAGCUGAAUGGUCAAAUGAUUGCCGUCACGUUGGCGCUAACUGAUCCCAUUGCCAACCUCAAGGCAAAGCUACAGGACGAAACGGGCAUGCCACCCGCCAAGCAAAAGAUAUUCUACGAGGGCAUGUUCUUCAAAGACAACAAUACCAUGGCAUUCUAUAAUCUGCUCAGCGGCACAACCGUGCAUCUCCAAGUCAAGGAGCGUGGUGGUCGCAAGAAGUAAAAGUAGUAUCAGUAACAUAACGUUAGCAUUUCAUUUGUAAAUGUUUAUUUUUUUGUGAAUGCUUUUGCAAUCGUAAUAAAAAAAUUGUCAAUCACAGCAUAA